GUCUCACACGUCGACGUGUAGCCACUGCAAGUGCAUCAUACCCGGAACGAAAAACCAAGCAGUUGGGUCGUACUCCCGUGCCGGCUCGUUCGAUUGUCUUUGGCUCGGCCGUUUGCUUCGGCUACAGUUUCUGUUGCUGCUGCUUCUUCUUCGUCUUCUGCUGUUCGUGCGUUCUCUUUAUGAAUCAUUGGGCAUCUUCCUACUACCACGGGGCCCUCGAAUUGUCCUCCACUAACUCGUUCUUGUCGGUAUUCUACUCCAGGGAGCAGCACCGCGACCCCGUGCCGUUUACGAGAGGCUACGGGUCUCCUGGUGUUGCCCGCUGGCCCAGCCUCAGCUCCGCACUGCUGAGAUCACGAGCUGCCUGUCGUAGUGGCGCGGAGCCUGGACCGAGCACGACAUCAGACUUUUGUGUGGACGCACGACACGCCGUGCUGCCGCUGCUGGCUGCACGACAAAGACAGCAGUAUACACACGCGGCUCCCCCCUAUGCCCCAACACCAACAAAACACAACUGGCACGCCAGCAGCAGACGUCGUCGACGUCGCCGUCGUCGUCGUCGUCGCUGUUGCCGUUGCCCGGAAGCAACGGCAGUGCCCAACUAUGAAGCUGCGGCCGACACGGUGAGGCUGAGAAAGAGACGCAGAUUAAAGUUGGUCGGUGCUUCGUCGAGGAGUAGCGUCUGACCAUCGUGUUCACAACGACGAACACCAUCGUCAUCAGCAGGAUGGCCGACCAUCUAGUUGACGGGCCGCCUAAUAAACGGCCCAAACUCAGUGAUCCCUUUCAGGGUUCAUCGGAUUCCUCGAUGCGUAUGGCGCCUCUAAUGGUGCACCAUGCUUAUACAAACUACGGGGGAGGUGGCAGUGGUAAUAUACAACAAAUGCAACUACACCACCACCAUCAUUAUCAUCUACAACAACUUCAGAUGCAGCCAAUUUGGAACCACAAUCGUGCCACGCGCAAAAGAAGUUACAUGACGAACACAGACAUGUUCGACCUUGAAGACAAUCUGCCAGACGAUCUGCUGUCGACGAGCUCCUGGGGUUCUGCGCCUGAAAGCACAAAACCCCCAGCCACGGGUCCUGGACCUGGGCAGCAAAACAGCGCCCUCGAUCCAGAUCUGCGCCACGUUCAACAGCAACAGCUAUCGCACCACCUUCUCCAACAGCAGCAACAGGGCAACAAGGGCCUCGUGACGAAUUCGCUCGUGAUGGCUAGUAACGCCCUUGGUAGCAAGUCGCCCAGCCUACAGUCGCCGCCAAACGUUUCGGUCUCGAAAAACGUCGUCGACCAGCAAAUGGUCGUCUCUUUGGGCCUGUCGGGCAGUAUAGCCAGCUCGUUGGCGGGUGGUCAGCCGCAGGCAAUGUCGAUGACCGGCCCAGGAGCGCCUCCAGGUGCAAUGGGCAUGCAACAGCAGACCCAGUCAAAUCAGCCGGUCGUCCAGCAGUCGAACCAACCAAACCAACAGUCAGGUCCGCAGUCUGGUCCCCAACCGGGCCAACAGCCGGGUCAGCAAGGUCCCCAGCCGGGUGGCAUGGCGAUGCAGGGUCCCCCGGGCAUGAACUCCGGCUUGGUCAUGACGAGCGGGACAACAGCACCCAGCAGUAGUAGUAACAAUAACAGCAGUAGCAGCAUGAGUGGCAUGGCCGGGGGUGGUCUCAUCGUGGCCAACAGCCUGAACAAGCAGCCUUUGAACGCCGUGACGAUGAUGGGUGGCCCCGGGGGUAUGCACCACGUGGGCCCUACCCAGCACGUGGGAGUUGCCCAGAUGCAGAAUGGCCCGGUCGGUGGUGGUAUGAUGAAUGUCAGGACCGUGACGAUGCAGCAGCAGGCGGCUCACAUGGUCAGCGGUCCAGCACGCGGGCAGAGUCCCCACCAGCAGGUCCAUCAGGGUGGCAUACUAACCGGGCCCGGUGGACCUAGGAUGCAGGUGCUCCCAAACAUGUCCAAUAUGACCAACAUGGGACAGAUGGCUGCCGCCGCCAGUCCUUACGGUUACGGGUCUCCAGGUAGUGGCCCAGCAGGCCCAGUUGCGGGCAAUCCAGUUGCAGUCGUAACGCCUCAACAGCGUAACGCAGUAGCCGCGGGGAUGACCGCGAUGCAAGUAGGCCGCUUCGGUGGUGCGCCAGGAGCAGCUGGCCCAGCGGGCGCUGGUGCCUCAGGCCCACUUGGAGCAGCGGGUCCAGGAGGAGCCGGGUUGCCUGGUGGCGUGCCCGUUGGCCAGGAAGGUGGCAUGGCACAGCAAGCCCAACCACCCGCCCCGAGCCCAGCUCAGCCGCAGAGUGGGGCGCCCAGUGGUGGUCAGCCCGGGCCUCAACAGGCUACGCAAGCCCAAGUACCGGGUAGCCAGCAACAACGUGCCAGACCAGUUAUCGCGGAUCCAGAAAAACGAAAGCUCAUUCAGCAGCAGCUUCUUUUGUUUUUGCAUGCGCACAGUUGCCAGCGCCGGGAGAAUCAAGCACCCAACAACGGGGAACAGUGGCAGUGCAACCUGCCACACUGUAAGACGAUGAAAAAUGUUCUAAACCAUUUGUCCCAAUGCACGGCUGGCCGGAGUUGCAACGUUCCCCAUUGUACGUCGUCCCGACAAAUAAUCGGUCACUGGAAGAACUGCACGAAAACCGAUUGUCCGGUCUGUUAUCCGCUAAAACAGGCCGAAAAAAAUUGGCAGAACAACGCGGGCGCUGCACAAGCGAACAAUCAACAGAAUCCCGGCUUAGCGGAUACGCGGAGGGCCUACGACGCUCUAGGCAUAAACGUGCCCGCGACGACGCAGCCCGGCCUCCUGCAGCCCCAGCAGGGCGUCAACAGACAAGCACGGAUGGCGAAUCCAGUGCUUCAGGCGCAACCGGGCGCGAUGAGCAACGUUAGGUUGCCCCAGCGCGAUGUUCAAGGUGGUCCCGAUCAGUCAUCGGUCGUGGGUGCCGGUCCACACCAAGUCGUAGCACCUAACGUCUCCCUGCCUCUGAGCUCGGAUCCGUCCGCUGUGUCAGGUGCCGCUGCGGCAGCCGCGGCGGCCGCUGCUGCUGCAGCCAAUCAACAGCAGCAGCAGCAGCAGCAGCAGCAGCAGCAGCAGCCAACUCUGACGUCGGCCCCUGGUGCCGGAGUAUCCGGGGUUGUCGUCAGUCAGCAGCAGCAACAGCCAUCCGCAGCGGCUGCUGCUGCGGCUGCAAAUAUUCAGCAGCAGCUCUUUGGUCUCGGCGAAUCUGGCCAGCCGGGUGGCGUCCCGGCCGGUCUUAUGGGCGAUGGUAGCAACUGCCUUGCUAGUCUCCAACUCCCUGGUGGACUUCAGCCGAGCCAGGUAACCGCGACGCCUGUCCAAGGUACAAAAGAGUGGCAUCAGUCAAUCACCCCCGAUCUCAGAAAUCACCUUGUACAUAAACUUGUCCAAGCGAUUUUCCCCACCCCCGAUGCCACAGCUAUGUUGGACAAAAGAAUGCACAAUUUAGUUGCGUACGCCAGAAAAGUUGAAGGUGAUAUGUACGAAAUGGCCAAUUCGAGGUCGGAGUACUAUCACCUGUUAGCCAAGAAAAUCUACAAAAUUCAAAAAGAACUUGAAGAGAAACGUCAGAAACGCAAAGAACAACAAAUGCAACAGCAGGCUCAACAACAACAACAACAACAACCUCAGACUCCUGGAGCGCCAGGACCGAGUCUGAGGCCGUGCGUGCCCCAGAAUAUGAAUUCCGUGGCAAGGCCAGUCAGUGCGGUUCAACCAACACUACGUAGUCACUCUCCCGGUAUGGGCCAACUUGGUUUGCCCGGUAUGCCCGCCAUGCAGCCAAACCAACGUAUGCAGUUCAACCAGCAAGCCCAGCAGCUACAGGUCCAACAAAUUCAGGCUCAGCAGGCACAGAACCAGCAGCAAAAUAUGAUGGUUGGACCGGCGGGCCCGAGUCCCAAUGGCCAGACCGUCUCGAAUCCUGGCCUAAGUCCCUUUGGCCAGUCUCAAAUUUCUUCCCAAACAAACUUGACCACGACAACCGUGACGGCUAGUCAAUUCCCAACGUCCAACGGCACGUCGACCGGUCUGUCCAACAGUUCGUCGAUUCACAACCAAAAUCAGUUCAAUGAGAUAAUAAAAGUCAGGCUAGCGGCGGCGCAAGCUGCUCAGCAACAGCAGCUUCAACAGCAACAUCAACAGCAGCAGCAGCAGCAACAGACUCAGCCUACCGGUGUAGGCCAAAAUGUCUCUGCGACGAUACCACAGGCGCCAUCGCCCUUUGGAAGUUUGCAGCAGCAGCAAAACCAACAGUUCCUGGUGUCGCGGCCGCUCUCGUCCACGACGCCCAAUGACAACGGUCUUUCGGUGUCGACGCCACAGACAAUACUCCCGCCAGCGUCCAGCGGACCCAGUCCGAGUGCCACGUCCCUACCCAACGGUCCCCAUUCGGUGACUUCGAUGCCAAAUACGCCACUCGUUCCCUCUCUGAUGACACCGUCGCAGGUGGCCAGCGCAAAUCUGACACCGCCCCAUUCCAGCACGACUCCGUCCCCUGCUAACCACGGCAAGGGCAUGAGCUCACAAGAGCGGGCUGCUCUGAAUGCGCCUCGAGGCUCUUCCUCCAUGUCGUCACAGAUGGCUGCGAUAACCGCCGCUCUCGAUCGCGACAACUCCCCGACGCUGCUCAUGAACAACAACAAGGGCAAGCUCGACACGAUCAAAAGCGAAGAGUCCAAUGUUAAAAUGGAAAUCGAUCAGGACGGCGAGAUCGGUGACGGAUCGGGCAUUACCAGUAGACCCGACUCCGCGAGCGGCAGCGGCAAAGCCGGUAACGACAUGAGCGGCAAUCAGAGCAAGACUGAAAUCAAACAGGAACCCAUGGAAGAGUGUUCCGGUCACAUUGGCAAUGUUACAAUCAAGGAGGAAUUGGGAAUAAAAGAAGAAAGCAUGCCAGGGCAAGAUUCAACGAGUAGCGACAUGAAGCCAUCGGUACCAGAACCAAUUACCCCGAGUGGUAGCUCAACCGGCGACAAAAAGCCAAUCUGUCUGUUCAAGCCCGACGAGUUGAGGCAAGCGCUCAUGCCCACUCUUGAGAAGCUCUAUCGUCAAGAUCCCGAGUCUCUGCCGUUCAGACAGCCUGUAGAUCCCCAAGCACUGGGCAUCCCCGACUACUUUGACAUUGUCAAGAAGCCCAUGGAUCUGUCCACGAUUAAAAGAAAGUUAGAUACGGGGCAGUACAGCGAUCCAUGGCAGUACGUUGAUGACGUGUGGAUGAUGUUUGAAAACGCGUGGCUUUACAAUCGCAAGACUUCCAAGGUUUAUAGAUACUGUACAAAGUUAUCGGAAGUCUUUGAAAAAGAAAUUGAUCCUGUGAUGCACGCGCUGGGAUACUGUUGCGGCAGAAAAUAUACGUUCAAUCCACAAGUUAUGUGUUGUUUCGGCAAGCAAUUGUGUACGAUAGCAAGGGACGCUAAGUACUUCUCGUACCAGAACAGUGUAAAGACGUAUGAUCUUGUUCCUGAUAGAUACACCUUCUGUCAAAAAUGUUUCAACGACAUUCCUGGAGAUACCGUGACGUUAGGCGACGAUCCGACUCAGCCGCAAACUUUCAUUAAAAAGGAAGAGUUCCAAGAAAUGAAAAACGAUUACUUGGAACAAGAACCGUUUGUUGUUUGCACAGAUUGUAGCAGAAAGGUGCACAUGAUCUGCGUACUGCACAUAGAACAGAUAUGGCCGCAAGGAUUUACCUGUGAUAAUUGUUUGAAAAAGAAAGGCCAGAAGCGCAAAGACAAUAAAUACAGCGCGAAGCGCCUACCGGUUACGAAAAUGGGCACUUAUAUUGAGACGCGGGUUAACAACUUCCUAAAAAAGAAAGAAGCAGGUGCGGGUGAGGUGUCAAUACGAGUCGUUUCGUCGAGCGACAAGACAGUCGAAGUAAAACCGGGUAUGAGGAGUCGUUUCGUAGAGAACGGCGACAUGCCCGGGGAAUUUCCUUACCGCGCCAAAGCUCUGUUUGCCUUCGAAGAGGUGGACGGUGUCGACAUUUGUUUCUUUGGUAUGCAUGUGCAGGAGUACGGAAGCGAAUGCACGCCGCCCAAUACGAGGCGCGUUUACAUAGCCUACCUCGAUUCGGUGCACUUCUUCAGACCAAAGCAGUUUAGGACAGCCGUCUAUCAUGAGAUUCUGCUUGGGUAUCUCGAUUACGCCAAGCAACUUGGUUAUACCAUGGCUCAUAUAUGGGCAUGUCCACCGUCGGAAGGUGAUGACUAUAUUUUCUUCUGUCAUCCUGGCGAUCAGAGAAUACCGAAGCCUAAAAGGUUACAAGAUUGGUGCAUGCAAGAACGAAUAGUAUUGGACUUCAAGGACAUUUUGAAACAGGCGACGGAAGAUAAUUUAUCAUCAGUAGCGGAAUUACCGUAUUUCGAAGGUGACUUUUGGCCUAACGUGCUGGAGGAUAGUAUAAAAGAAUUGGAUCAAGAAGAGGAAGAAAAGCGGAAACUAGCUGAGGCCGCGGAAGCUGCUGCAGCUGCUGCAAACAUAUUUUCGCUAUCAGAGGACUCUGAGACUGGGCCUGACGGCAAAAAGAAGGGUCAGAAAAAAGCAAAAAAGUCGAACAAGUCCAAAGCGAAUCAAAGGAAAAAUAGCAAAAAGUCUAACAAUCCGCAGACGGGAAGCGAUCUCAAAACUAAAAUCUUCGCAACAAUGGAGAAGCACAAAGAAGUAUUCUUCGUAAUCCGACUACACAGUGUUCAAAGCGCUGCUAGCUUACAGCCUAUCAACGAUCCGGAUCCCCUUUUAAGUUGCGAUCUCAUGGAUGGGCGUGAUGCUUUUCUCACAAUGGCUAAAGAAAAGCAUUUCGAAUUCUCAUCGCUUAGGCGAGCAAAAUUCAGUUCUAUGUCUAUGUUAUACGAGUUACACAAUCAGGGCACAGACAAAUUCGUAUAUACUUGUAAUAAAUGUAAGAAUCACAUCGAAACGAGGUAUCACUGUGCGGUUUGCGAUGAUUUUGAUUUAUGUCUAAGUUGUAAAGAAACGGAAGGUCAUCCACAUCCCAUGGAAAAACUUGGUUUGGAUUUGGACGAUGGAUCGUCGCCGGCAGAUGCAAAACAAGUAAAUGCAAUAAUCGGUCAGUUCAGGGUGCUCUGGUGUGAUCGGUAUCGUCCGCACAGCGGGGGAGGAGGCUCUGCCCCGAGGACGGCUCCCUUGUCAUCCCAGGCUCGAUGGACAGGUUACUGUUUCAACAUCAAACAAAAACUGAAGCAACAACAACAACACCACCGUCUGCAGCAGGCUCAAUUGAUAAAGCGACGUAUGGCUGUGAUGACAAAUACUCGCUCAGCAGGCUCCGAAUUGAGCAUGCAAACAGGCUCGACACCAGUGAACAUGACGAUGCCCUCGGGCGUAACGAUGAAGCCAGGCAUAAGUCCAACGUCACUGCCGUCGCCACACCAUCAGCCUGGUAUCGGCAUGAAACCCGGUACGCAGACGCCUCCUGCUCACGUUCUCCAGGUGGUUAAGCAAGUGCAGGAAGAAGCAGCAAGACAGCAAGCACCACAUGUCGUCGGUUACGGCAAGGUGACGCCAGGCGGAGUCGGCGUUGGUGGUCUCGGGGUUAAUAUAGGCGCGGUUGCCGGAAAACCAGGUGGCGUCAUGCCUCCGCCUCAGAUGCAAAGGCCAAUGCCCGUUCAGAUGGCCAAUCCCGGUGGCGCACAUCUUUUACCCAUGGAUCAGUGGCCAAACAAUAGUACACUGAACUUUAGGUAUCAACCAAAUGCAGUGAUGCAACAAAAUGCUAGCCUACGGCAGCAAGCCCCGCAGCUUCUCCCUCCACAGCAGCAACAGCAGCAGCAGCAGCAACAACAACCGCAGCCUCAACAACAAAUUCAGCCAGGAAUGGCUGGCAUUGGAGGUCAAAUGGCUCGGCAACCCGGUAUGUUAGGUUCUGCGGGACAAGUGGGCCAGAAUGUUGCGGGAAAACAAGCUCUGCAGCAGUUGAUGCAAACACUCAAAAGCCCCAACACGCCCGAGCAGCAGAACCAAAUAUUGCACAUACUCAAAAGUAACCCACCUCUUAUGGCUGCAUUCAUCAAACAACGCCAACAGGCCCUCGCUUUGCAGCAGCAACAGCAGCAGCAGCAACAACAACAACAACAACAACAACAACAACAACAACAACAACAGCAGCAGCAACAACAACAAACCGGGCAACACGUUGUCAAUACUGGUCCUUUAGGUCCUAACCAAGCUCAGCAGCAGCAACAACAGCAGCCCGGCUUGCAACACAUAAUUCAGCAGCAGCAGCAGCAGCAACAACAGCAACAGCAGCAAAAUCAUCAAAACCGAAUGCAGCUUCAAGCGAUGUUGAGUCAGCAACAACAGCAGCAGCAAAUAAAUUUGCAACACAAUCCUCAGUGGCUAAAACAGCAACAGUUACUCAUGAUACAGAGGCAACAGCAGCAGAACGCUGCCCAGCAACAGGCAGCAGCCGCGGCGGCGGCAUCUGUCGUGGGCUCGCAGCCCUUCACUCAGCCAUCCGCACCUCCCUACGGCCAGCAGAGACCCAUCAGGCCUCCAAUGCUAGGUUACGGUGGAUUCAACGAACAGGGCUACGUACAGCCGGGACUUAAACUGACGCCACCGCCGGUCCCGUCUCCCCAGGGCGUAAUGGGGCCUCCGGGAAUCUCUUCGGUGCAGCAGCAGCUGAUGCAAUCGGUACGUUCGCCACCUCCUAUACGAUCGCCCCAACCGAACCCGUCGCCCCGUCCGGUACCGUCUCCGCGAAAUCAGCCCGUUCCCUCGCCCCGCGCUGGCCCCGUACCUUCGCCUCACCAUCAUCCAGGUCACGCGGGCGGCACGCCCACACAUUCGCCGGCACACGAGCUCGGUGGCCCCAGUGAGAUGAUGCUCUCGCAGUUGAGCCAAGCGACGGCCGGUGGUCAGCCUGGACCGCAUCCGGGUGUCCAGUUGCCCCUUCAUCAGUCGCCUGCGGCGGCGAACGCUGCUGUUGGUUGCCAAGACGGCAACGACAUUACCCCCAUGACGCCGCAGGAUCAGCUAUCUAAAUUCGUCGAGGGUUUGUAGUGACUUUUACUAGUGAAAUCUUGAUAUGGUGCUUAUAGAGACUCAAGCCAGCUGGCCAGAUAGCCACUGCUAAUUAGUGAUUAUUAAUAAUUAAAAUAAGUAUAGAAAUUAUGCGUAACGCGCGCCCUUCCCCGUGGCUCUAUAGGAGGGCGCACUCACAAACCUAUAUAGAGACAUGAGACAAUGUUGUAUAUAGUUUAUACAUAUUGUAAAUAAGCAUAUAUUUUAAAUUAAGGUAUAGUUUAAACAAAUCGCGUGAAGCACUGCGUAUAGUAGAUAAAAAAAAAGAAAAGAAAAAAUACGAGCCGUGAGAGAGACGAGCGGCAAGAGAAGGAAAGGAAGCGCAACGACGCUUAUCGACUUUUUUUAAAUUGUAUUACUAUAGAAGAUAUUAUUUUUAUGAUUAUUAUUAUUAUUAUGUGUAUCGACGACCGAAAGAGAUAUCCUUCGAUCGCGUCCUUUUCUUCUAUGCUUGUGAAGGUUGUUAUUGGUUUAAGGAGAAGAUGUAUAACAAUAGAAGAGACAGGGGAGGAUGGACUUUGGUAAAAAAUUAACAACAGGAGGCAAACAGAUUGUGA